CGCAACGGGACAUUUCGGCGACAAGAAGACUAGUGCUAACUUAGUACAGCGAUUUUGGUGGCCUAACAUGCUAGACGAUGCAAAGAAGUACAUACAGAACUGUCAGAUCCAUCGGCGGGACACGCCGCGGAUUCAAGCUCCGCUUGGGUUACUCAAGCCUCUACCCAUUCCUACUCGCCCAGGGCAGAGUAUCUCCAUGGGCUUCAUGGAUACUCUCGUGACCGGCAAGAAUGGCAAGCGACACAUCUUCGUCAUAGUAGAUAGGUUCACUAAAUAUGCUAGACUAAUUGCCAUGCCAGAGACUGCCAGGACUGAGCACGUCAUUAAGUUGUUCAAGGACAAUUGGGUGCGUGACUUUGGACUGCCAAAGACCAUUGUUAGUGAUAGAGAUGUCUGGUUUACCAGCGAGAUGUGGAAGAAGGCCGUUGAACAGAUGGGCAGCCAGCUUCAGAUGACUUUUGGGAAUCAUCCCGAAGCAAAUGGGCAGGCUGAACAGAUGAACCGUGUGGUGCAGCAUCUGCUGAGGCAUUACAUCAAGCCCAGUCGGGAUGACUGGGAUGAGAAACUACCUCUCAUCGCCAGUCUAUACAAUAAUGUUGUACACAGCACCACCGGCGUCAGUCCAAACCAACUGCAUCUCGGAUGGAAGCCUAGAUCUGCUCUAGACUUCCUCCUGCCUGAAAACCGAACUGCUGCAACUCUUGGAACCUUUGAAUUUGGUGUCCAGUAUGAGAAAUUGUUGCAGCAGACUGUCGAACACAUCAAGAAAUCUCAGAAAGCUAUGAUUGCUUCUGAGAACAAGCGUCGCCGACAAUCCACAUUUCAGGUAGGGGAACGUGUCUGGGUCAAGGCUAGUGAGUUGGGACAGGAGUUUGUCAUCUCUAGGAAGCUAAUGCCUCAGUAUUUCGGUCCCUGGGAAGUCUUAGACAUUGUGGGGAAUGAUUUGGAUGGUCCCUCGUACGUCAUUCGUAUCCCUGGUCACCUAUGCACAUACCCUGUUUUUCAUGCCUCCAAGCUCGCACCUUUCGCUGAGGCAGCACAGUUCCCAUCACGGAGAUCUAUGCUGCCCCCAACCAUGGAUGGCCACGUGGACGUCGACGACAUCCUGGAUCAUAGAGACACACCUGUUCCCAAGCCACCUGGCAGGGGAAGACCUCCUAAACCGGCAAGGGAGUACAGAGUGCAUUUCAGGCAUCAUAUGGAUCCUAAGGAAGAUCGAUGGAUGUCAAGGGAGGAACUUGUCAAGACAGCUCCUCAGAUUGUGGCAUGGGUGUACAAUAUGCAGGAAGCAAGCAAGUGUGGCUCAUCUGAUUUGGCGUAUCAGAUUGUGACGCUUGGAGCCGAUGGAAAGGUCCUCUUUUGGUCAUGGAACAGGUUGGAGAAUCCUAUAUUUGGACAAGUGUCUGGUGAAACCAACGCGGUGGUGGACAGAUGUAUGGCAAGGGGGGUCGAGGGAUCAUCGCGGUCUGAUUGGGAUAAGGCCGCAUAUGAUGAUGCAAUGGAGUCAUUUGACCAUCCCCUCAUUAAAGCUCACCUGAAAGAUAAGUACAUUGAGAAGUGUGAGGAAUGGUACAAGUAUACCACGGCAAACAAGAUUCAUGAGAGAGAACAACGUUUGCAUGAACCUCAGUCUAAAAUGCGGUAUGGUGUUGAAGGUAAGCUUCCCAAUGAUUUUGCAUUGAGGAGGGUAUGUGGCCGCUACCUCACAGACAAUGAAGGCCUUCGAUGGACUCAGGAUGAGCUACUAGAAAUGUUGAAGAAGAAGGAGGAAGUGAAUGUACUGAGGAAUGCAUUUAUGAAAGUUGAGUUGAAUGCACUGUCAGUGGUUGGAAGUUUUGUCGAAGCGAAACGAAGUGAAGAGGUAAGAGAUUCCUCUGUGUCCGGUGUUGGGGUUGUGAAGAAGGAGGCGGAUGCUACUGAGGACAUGGACAAAGAGUUUAAGCAUUUAAUUCAAUCGUCCAAUAGAAACGAUUUGUUAGACGAAUUUUGUAAGCUUAGUACUAGAUUUGACCCGCACCUGUUGCAAGAGUGUGACAAUUUGCGUCGGCGAUUAGAAAAAAACGAGAGUGGGAUAAGAAAAAUAUUGUUGGUAGGUGCCUUACCAUCGAUUGAUUUUUCUUUUGCCUCGGACCUGUUUGAGAUUCCAUCGAGUGCAACUUUGAAAGACAUUCAAAAAACGUGUUUGAUUGCUAUGUUAGAGUCAUUGCGAAAUGUUGGUUCAGAGCUGACACACAAGAAUGCACUCUUAGAGGUGAAAAAUGCGAUGAAGUUUCCGAUAAGUGAUAGUCAGUUGAGGGGAACAGUGAUCACACUUGGACAUUUGUACAAGCAGACACGGGAAGAGUUAAUGGAUUCAGUGUUCAGCGAUAGUUUUCCUGAUCGAUGUGAUGACGGAUUCACAAAUGGCAUGCUGACAUGUUACAAAGAACAGUUGUACACUCUGAGAAUUUUGUUGGCGAAUGUCAUUGAUGCUCCUUCGCCAAUGCGGUUUAUGAAGGAGAUGGAGCAUAUGAAAAGGGAAUUGAAUGCUCUCGCGAGCAUAAACAAGGAAUAUGAGACAAGAUUGCAUGAGGUGGUGUUUGGGUUGGUUGAAGCACGUAGGCAUCCGUGUCCUAAGUGUUGCCGCUUAGUAAGCCAUUUGAGAAGGGGGGACUAUAGAAUGUUUAACGAUUUGACGGUUGUUAGACGUGCAGAGGCGAUCAUGCGCCAUUUUGAUAAACUUGGCGUGCAUGGGGAGCCAGGGAAAGGGAACUACAAUUGGAAAUGUCGGUACUGCGAACUGGUGUUUCCUGGGACCGCGAAGCGAUGUGCAGAGCACUUCAAGUCCACAACGAAAGGGCCCAGCUGCAACAUGAACAGGCUAGGCGGUAGGCUGUCAGCGGAGGAAAGAGAGAAGAGGGAGCUGGGCCGGCUGCAGGGAAUUGCGCUAGUGCUUGGAAAGGUUGUGCCACCGGCACUGUCACAGGAUUGCCCCUCUAACGUCGAGGGCACGUACGAACAGGAGGGCGAGGAGGAAAGCAGCAGUCCCCAACCUCCUCAAAACAGGGUCAACACAGGUUUUUCCACCACCACUAACGUGCGGCAGACUACGCUGGAAGAGGGCGGGGCGAUAAUCUCUAAGAACGAGGAAGCACAACGCUCUAUAGACGACUGGUUGGUUUAUGAAGGAGUCCCCUUCAACGUAGUGCGCAGCAAGUAUUUCUUGCGCAUGAUAGAGAAGGUCCGCGGCGCGGAGCGGUCUUUCAUCCCCGUAAAAUAUGACACGCAGCGGACGAAGAGGUUGGACAUGUCCCGGUCGUAUUGCAUGUCGGGCAAGGAGAAGGGAGUAGCAGCGUACUUCGACAUCUUAUCUGAGUCGAUUCACGAAGUUGGCGAGAAGAGUGUUGUCGGAGUGAUCAUGGACAACGCUGCUGUGUGCGCGAGAGCUGGCAGAUUGGUGGAGGAUACAUUCCCGCUAACCUUCCAUGUGCCAUGCGCUGCGCACUGCCUCGACUUGAUGCUGCACGAUAUUGGGAAAAUAGAGUGGGGGGCUGAAACGGUGACGAAGGCGAACGACAUGGUGAAGUUAAUCAUGAACCACCAGCGAGUCAGGGAUGUUUACUACAUCCAUGCAGGUGGAAGGCAGUUACUGCGACCCGCGGCAACGCGUCUCGCCACCAACUUUCACAUGCUGGACCGCUUGAAGAAGCAGCGAAAAGCGUUGGUGGCUAUGGUCACAGACGAUAUGUGGACAACGAUGUUGGUCCCCCAUGCGCAGCGCUCGACCCUCCACGAGAUGGAAGACAUCAUACUCGAUGCAGCAGGUUUUUGGGAUCUUGUGAACAAGGCAAUCAAUGCCGUUUACGACAUUGUUUUGCUGUUGAAACUGGUGGAUGGCAACGAUUCGACCAUCAGCAAGGUUUAUGCGAAGAUGGACAGGAUAGUGGAGCGCCUGCGAGUUAACAAGGAUCUGACAGUGGAUCAGCGGGACGAGAUGGAGGUGAUGGUCAUGCGCAGAUGGAAUGCCAUGACCACCCCCGUCCAUUGUGCAGCCCUGUUCCUGGAUCCAGAGUACAGGUCGUCGUCUGAGCCGCACAAGGAUGCAGAGAUCCAAGAUGGAUUCUACACCUGGGUGUACACAUGGCUCAAAGGGGCGUCACAGGAGGUGUGCGACCAGGUGGAGUAUGAGGUCGAUUGUUGGGUUCAGAACAUCGGCAAGUUCAGCUCGCAGGUGGCUAUGGAUGCAGCCCGUAAGCAGAACCCUGCGGCAUGGUGGAAGCGCUGGUGCAAUGAGCUAAAACACUUGCACCCCCAUGCCAUUCGACUGUUGGGGCAAGGGUCGUCUGCUUCAGGCUGCGAAAGGAAUUGGAGCCUUUUCGCAGCAAUUCACACCAAAGAGCGCAAUGGCCUGGCCCCGGAGACAAUGCACAAACUGGUGUACAGCAAGUGGAACAUGAGGCUGCUUGACAUGCUGCAGCAGAUGCCGGAGAGGGCCAAAGACCUUAUUGAAUGGGAUGACCCACCGACAGAGGAGGAGCAAAAGGAGGCCAAAGAAAGAGUGAAGGUGGCUGAGCGGCGAUUGAAGAGCCUUACCUCAGCUGGUGACAAUAUUGUUCCACCUGCUGAUGGCGGGGAUGAUGAAGAUGGGGAUGAAGCUGUUGUUCCAUGCCAUGAAGAAUGCAACCUAGAGGAGAUUGAGGAGGGUGAACACGGGGAUUGGCGUGGAUUGACGAAGGCAGGCAACUUCCUAAUUAAACGUUUCCAAACAGAUGUGCGAAGGAAGGCACGCACCUUGAGAACAGAGGAGCACAUGCGAGCUCACAAGAAGGGAGGCGGUGACACACUGCCUCAUGGUGCUGCAACGACAGCACCACAAAAGGAGACCAGGACAUCGUCGGCACAGCCUGAUCCUCAACGCCAAAAAAAAACUAGAGGCAGGCCAAUAAAAACCCCAUUGACGGAUCUGGACGGUUCACAUGCUAUGACUGCGGAGGGAGAGGACAACCCUACGCAGAUAACUAAGUAGAACGAAGUAGAGGGGGGCAAUGAUGAGGGUUUGCCAAGCAGCAACCAGGGCGUGGCAAGGAAGA